AUGAUAGGGAAGCAGGAGGGAGGGUGGCCAGGGAGAGGGCAGGGUGGCCAGGGAGGUAGAGGGCAGGGUGGCCAGGGAGGGAGAGGAGGGCAGGGUGGCCAGGGAGGGAGAGGAGGGCAGGGUGGCCGGGGAGGGAGAGGGCAGGGUGGCCGGGGAGGGAGAGGGCAGGGUGGCCGGGAAGGGAGAGGGCAGGGUGGCCGGGGAGGGAGAGGGCAGGGUGGCCGGGGAGGGAGAGGGCAGGGUGGCCAGCGAGGGAGAGGGCAGGGUGGCCAGCGAGGGAGAGGGCAGGGUGGCCAGCGAGGGAGAGGGCAGGGUGGCCAGGGAGGGAGAGGGCAGGGUGGCCAGGGAGGGAGAGGGCAGGGUGGCCAGGGAGGGAGAGGGCAGGGUGGCCAGGGAGGGAGAGGACAGGGUGGCCAGGGAGGGAGAGGACAGGGUGGCCAGGGAGGGAGAGGGCAGGGUGGCCAGGGAGGGAGAGGGCAGGUUGGCCAGGGAGGGAGAGGGCAGGUUGGCCAGGGAGGGAGAGGGCAGGUUGGCCAGGGAGGGAGAGGGCAGGUUGGCCAGGGAGGGAGAGGGCAGGUUGGCCAGGGAGGGAGAGGGCAGGUUGGCCAGGGAGGGACAGGGCAGGUUGGCCAGGGAGGGACAGGGCAGGGUGGCCAGGGAGGGACAGGGCAGGGUGGCCAGGGAGGGACAGGGCAGGGUGGCCAGGGAGGGACAGGGCAGGGUGGCCAGGGAGGGACAGGGCAGGGUGGCCAGGGAGGGACAGGGCAGGGUGGCCAGGGAGGGACAGGGCAGGGUGGCCAGGGAGGGACAGGGCAGGGUGGCCAGGGAGGGACAGGGCAGGGUGGCCAGGGAGGGACAGGGCAGGGUGGCCAGGGAGGGACAGGGCAGGGUGGCCAGGGAGGGACAGGGCAGGGUGGCCAGGGAGGGACAGGGCAGGGUGGCCAGGGAGGGACAGGGCAGGGUGGCCAGGGAGGGACAGGGCAGGGUGGCCAGGGAGGGACAGGGCAGGGUGGCCAGGGAGGGACAGGGCAGGGUGGCCAGGGAGGGACAGGGCAGGGUGGCCAGGGAGGGAGAGGGCAGGGUGGCCAGGGAGGGAGAGGGCAGGGUGGCCAGGGAGGGAGAGGGCAGGGUGGCCAGGGAGGGAGAGGUCAGGGUGGCCAGGGAGAGGGCAGGGUGGCCAGGGAGAGGACAGGGUAGCCAGGGAGAGGACAGGGUAGCCAGGGAGGGAGAGGGGGGCAGGGUGCCCAGGGAGGGAGAGGGCAGGGUGGCCAGGGAGGGAGAGGGCAGGGUGACCAGGGAGGGAGAGGGCAGGGUGGCCAGCGAGGGAGAGGGCAGGGUGGCCAGGGAGGGAGAGGGCAGGGUGACCAGGGAGGGAGAGGGCAGGGUGACCAGGGAGGGAGAGGGCAGGUUGGCCAGGGAGGGAGAGGGCAGGUUGGCCAGGGAGGGAGAGGGCAGGUUGGCCAGGGAGUGACAGGGCAGGGUGGCCAGGGAGGGAGAGGGCAGGGUGGCCAGGGAGGGAGAGGGCAGAGUGGCCAGGGAGGGAGAGGGCAGGGUGGCCAGGGAGGGAGAGGGCAGGGUGGCCAGGGAGGGAGAGGGCAGGGUGGCCAGGGAGGGAGAGGGCAGGGUGGCCAGGGAGGGAGAGGGCAGGGUGGCCAGGGAGGGAGAGGGCAGGGUGGCCAGGGAGGGAGAGGGCAGGGUGGCCAGGGAGGGAGAGGGCAGGGUGGCCAGGGAGGGAGAGGGCAGAGUGGCCAGGGAGGGAGAGGGCAGGGUGGCCAGGGAGGGAGAGGGCAGGGUGGCCAGGGAGGGAGAGGGCAGGGUGGCCAGGGAGGGAGAGGGCAGGGUGGCCAGGGAGGGAGAGGGCAGAGUGGCCAGGGAGGGAGAGGGCAGGGUGGCCAGGGAGGGAGAGGGCAGGGUGGCCAGGGAGGGAGAGGGCAGAGUGGCCAGGGAGGGAGAGGGCAGAGUGGCCAGGGAGGGAGAGGGCAGGGUGGCCAGGGAGGGAGAGGGCAGGGUGGCCAGGGAGGGAGAGGGCAGGGUGGCCAGGGAGGGAGAGGGCAGGGUGGCCAGGGAGGGAGAGGGCAGGGUGGCCAGGGAGGGAGAGAGCAGGGUGGCCAGGGAGGGAGAGGGCAGGGUGGCCAGGGAGGGAGAGAGCAGGGUGGCCAGGGAGGAAGAGGAGGACAGGGUGGCCAGGGAGGGAGAGGGCAGGGUGGCCAGGGAGGGAGAGGGCAGGGUGGCCAGGGAGGGAGAGGGCAGGGUGGCCAGGGAGGGAGAGGGCAGGGUGGCCAGGGAGGGAGAGGGCAGGGUGGCCAGGGAGGGAGAGGAGGGCAGGGUAGCCAGGGAGGAAGAGGGCAGGGUAGCCUGGGAGGAAGAGGGCAGGGUAGCCAGGGAGGAAGAGGAGGACAAGGUAGCCAGGGAGGAAGAGGGCAGGGUGGCCAGGGAGAGGACAGGGUAGCCAGGGAGGAAGAGGGCAGGGUGGCCAGCGAGAGGACAGGGUGGCCAGGGAGGGAGAGGGGUGGCCAAGAGGAAGAGAUGGCCAGACAGGGAGAGAGGGAUAACCAGUAG